UUCUUACUCAGAUCCUUUGGCGAGCCAGGCAGUGAGGUGAUCGAUUAAGCGGUGGGGAGGAGUCGUUCUGGCAGAUUGUGAUUGGUGGAGAGUCGAUCACGUGAGGCUGUAGGAAUUUGUUGGCGGAAGUUGUAGUUGCGUGAAUAGUGGCUAAUUGCAGAGGAAUAUGCACAGUUUCUUCAUCAGAUGGAACCUAUACAGUUUGGUAUCUUAUCCUGGAAUAUCAUACAAGAGAUCUUAAGCACAGUUUCUUUAAACAGUGAGCAUUAAAUGAAGAUAGUUUGCACUACUUUUUAAAGACAUGCAGUUCUUUGGUCGACUUAUGAAUACUUUCAACAAUGUCACCAACUUGUUUUCAAACCCUUUCCGGGUGAAGGAAGUAUCCCUGGCAGAGUAUGCAUCUCAGAAACGUGUAAGGUGGGAAGAUAGGAUAGUGCUGUAUGAAAAAAGUUCAGCUCACUCAUGGGACUGUCUUCUCCUUAAUCCCCAGAAUGAAACAGUUGCAUUUCGGCUCUUCCAGGUAGACCAUGAAGUAUAUGCAUUUGAGCACUUCGAGCUGUAUGUAAAGCAGUUGCGCCCUUUCUAUGAGAGUUAUCACGAUCCUUUGGCACUGGAGACUUUGCAGCAACUGACAGACUGUUUUCGCAGCCAUCCUAGGUGGUCGCUGGCUCAUGUAGCAGUAGAGGUUGGACUCCUGGAGAGCUUCCGUCACAAUCACAUCCUGAGCUGCAUCAACAGCAACAGCUGUGACGAUGAAUGCACCCCACUGCAUUUAGCCUGUCAGAAAGGAAACAUGGAGUGCUUGCGGGAGCUGGUGGAGCAGUGCCAUGCCCGUCUAGAUCUCACAGACAAAAAUGGAGAGACGGUCUUCCAUUAUGCUGUCCGAGGGAGCAACCCCAAGAUCCUAGAGCUCAUGGGCAAGAGGUCAACCGCUGCUUUGGACCACCUGAACGACGAAGGACAGAGCCCUUUGCAUCUGGCCUGCCAACUGGGCAAAGAGGAUGCUGUUCUCUCUCUUUUGAAGGUUGACGCAAAGUGCAGCAAUUUGGGAGCGCUGGGCUACCCCAUCCACAUUGCUAUGAAACACUCCCAGAAAAGGUGUGCUGAGGCCCUUCUUGAUAAGGAAGUCAGCCAGAUUCAGUUAGUGGACCCACGCCAUGGAGCAACACCCCUUCACUGGGCCAAAAAUGCUGAGAUGACCAGGCUCCUCAUUGACUAUGGUUGCGAAGUGAACACCCUCAGCGCGACAGGGGAGUCGGCACUGCACAUUGCUGUCCGGCGGGGGCGCUUUGAUUGCACAAUGGUGCUGCUGACACAUGGAGCCAUGGCAAAUACGAAAGGGAAGGAUGGCAGCACCCCACUGCACCUGGCCAUGAAGCAAGACCAUCUAGAAAUGAUCAAGGCCCUUAUUGUGUUUGGAGCAGAUGUGGAUGUCCCCAAUGACUUCGGGGAGACACCAGGGUUGCUGGCAGCCAGGACAAGCAAAGGUGCCAACCGGAAGGUGCUCUUAGACCUGCUGAAAAUUAUAGGGGCUGACCGCUGCCACCCACCUAGCACAGCCACAUCACCGCCAACUACUUCCACUUUCCUGGAAAGACCACCACCCCCACGGAGCGCUAACCAAAACCUAGAGUUCCAGGACAUCAUCCAUGUCUCUGCAGCACUUGGUGCCUUGCUGAAAAAACCAGAUGUGGUGGACUCCACUACUGAGAGGAAAAGAACCCAAGACCGCCUCUUGAGUCUGGACGGCGGGGGUGUCCGGGGCCUGGUGCUCAUCCAGUUUCUCAUCGCUAUAGAAAAAGCUGCAGGGCGUCCCAUCAGGGAGCUUUUUGACUGGGUCACAGGGACUAGCACUGGGGGAAUUCUGGCAGUAUCUGUUGUGCAGGGGAAGCCAAUGGACUACAUGCGCUGCUUGUACUUCCGCAUGAAGGACGAGGUGUUUCGAGGGUCGCGGCCCUAUGAGUCGGAACCCCUUGAGAACUUCCUGAAGAAGGAGUUUGGAGAGCAUACCAAAAUGACAGAUUUCAAGCAACCCAAGCUCAUGUUGACAGCUACUCUGUGCGACCGACAGCCUGCCAAGCUCCACCUGUUCCGGAAUUACAGUCCUCCAGAAGGAAGAGGCAAAUCCCGUUACAAGACAACAGGCUUGUUCCAAGCACUGACCAAGCCAGAAGACCAGCUGGUAUGGCAGGCUGCCCGUUCCAGUGGAGCUGCCCCAACAUAUUUUCGACCUUUUGGACGGUUUCUGGAUGGAGGGCUGUUGGCCAACAACCCCACCUUGGAUGCCAUGACUGAGAUCAAUGAAUACAACAAAUUCUUAAUCCAGAAUGGUGAAGGCCACAAGGUGAAGAAGUUGGGAGUGGUGGUCUCUCUUGGGACAGGGAAAUCUCCACAGGUUCCUGUGAGCUCCGUGGAUGUCUUCCGCCCCUCCAACCCUUGGGAACUGGCCAAGACAGUAUAUGGGGCUAAAGAACUGGGCAAGCUGGUGGUCGACUGUUGCACUGAUCCAGAUGGCCCAUGUGUGGACCGUGCAAGAGCCUGGUGUGAGAUGAUAGAGGCCCAUUAUGUCAGGUUCAAUCCCCCUUUGGAGCUGGAUAUAAUGCUUGAUGAGGUGAGCGAUAUGAUCCUAGUGAACCUGCUCUGGGAAACUCAGAUCUACAUUUUCCAACAUUGGGAAGAAUUUGAGCAGUUGGUGGAGCAGCUUCUAGUUCCAUGAUGCUUUGUAACUCUGUAGUGCCUCCCUACAGAACAGAGCCUGGACUGUCAGCAAGGAGUGGCAGAUUCUGCUGGCCCGUGACUUGGCCCUUCUCUUCAUACCAGGAAACCAACUGGAAGAAUUUGGUGAACUCACAGUUCAUGUACCUGCAGUGGAUGCUCUUCCUCCGUAUGCCUGAUUCAAGUACACCAGCUGCCUUAAUACCUGGAAGGGAUUUCCUAAGUUUCACUUAGCUUAUGAGAUAAUAUGGGAUCUAGGUGAUCAUCACUGGACCAUCUGUGCUCCUUCCGGGCAUAUAAGGCCAGCUGCAUUGUCUGACAUUCUGGACUGAACUACUGCACCUUUCUAUCCAAAAUUAUACAUGAACAGUUAAGACAAAUCUAAUUGUUUGUUGCUAUCUCCCAUGCCCUUUCCUGGUCGUUUAGAGAUUUCCUCUUUCUGGCUCCUCCCAUCUCUGAAGGAAGCCACUCAUUUAAUGUGAAUGGCGCAGAGGAAAGCCAGAAGGAUGGCGAGUUUAUGAGACAUUCUUUCUGAUAGUAUUUGCCCACCAGCAGAGGUGUGGAAGGUAUCGUGCCUUCCCUUAUGGAGACCUUCCUUAAUGAGAAUAAACAGUAUAGGUUUGGUCGAGGACCAAAAAAUCAACCAAGUUAACAAGGAGACCUUUUGUUGACAGAGCCAAUGGUCAGGCUCACAUUUCAGUCUGUUCUCCCAUGGGUUUGUUUCCUUAUUGAGUUGAUUUUCCCACCCCACCCCUAUCAAUGCUGCUGCCUUUUCCUCCUUAAAGGCAAGAAUUUAAAAUGCUGCUGUUAACAAUAUGUUAUUGGCUUGGUUCACACGUCACAGUAAACCAUGGUUUACUUAAACAUGUAGAACACUCCCAGUUUGCUCUUCCCCAGUAGCUAAUAGGAAAAACAAACCACAAUCCCUGGCUUAGCAUUACCUCCAAACCGGAAAUCAUGAUUUGUUCACUCAACAAAUCGCAGUUAGUAAGCUAAAAGCAAAGCUUGGCUUGAGAUCAUUGUUUGUUGGAGUGAAACAAACCACAGCCCCUAAGCCAGGGAUCAUGGGUUGUUGCUCCUGCUGGCUAGAAGAGAAGAGCAAAGUGGGAGCCUCCUGUGCGUUCAUGAUAAACUGAUGUGGUAUCCCAUAAAGUGGAAACACUGCCACUGUUUCUGCAUUGUGACUAAUUGAACUGACUGUGUUGGAACUCUUGAAAAAAGUCCCAAGGAAUGUGAAAUCUAAUUGGUGUUUCUCUCUCCCCUUCCACCCCUUACUUUUAUAAUCCACUCCAUUUGUAUAAAAACAACUCAAAUUGUAGCAAUGUUAUAGACUGUGAUAUCUCCACAAAACUGACUCAGUAUUAAAUAAAAGGAUGGUGUGAUGUGAA